GGUGCGGAGGAGGAAGGGCUGUGGCCGCCAAUGGGUGCGCAGGGGACGGUUCUUGCCGGGGCUGGAUAAGGCCCGGAAAUCCCAGUUGGCCCAGUGCGAGCGGGGCUGAGCGAGAUGCGGGGCAAGGAUGACGAGUACGACUACCUGUUCAAAGUUGUGCUCAUCGGGGACUCUGGGGUGGGGAAGAGCAACCUGCUCUCCCGCUUCACCCGCAACGAGUUCAACCUGGAGAGCAAGAGCACCAUUGGGGUGGAGUUUGCCACGAGGAGCAUCCAGGUGGACAACAAGACGGUGAAGGCUCAGAUCUGGGACACGGCCGGGCAGGAGCGGUACCGGGCCAUCACCUCGGCCUACUAUCGGGGGGCGGUGGGAGCUCUGCUGGUCUACGACAUCGCCAAGUACCUGACGUACGAGAACGCCGAGCGCUGGCUGAAGGAGCUGCAGGACCACGCGGACGCCAACAUCGUCAUCAUGCUGGUGGGCAACAAGAGCGACCUGCGGCACCUGCGGGCCGUGCCCACCGACGAGGCCCGGAGCUUCGCAGAGAAGAACGGUUUGUCCUUCCUGGAGACGUCUGCUCUGGACUCCACCAAUGUGGAGACGGCUUUCCACAGCAUUCUCUCGGAGAUCUACCGCAUCGUGUCGCAGAGGCAAAUGGCUGGGCAGCCAGAGUCGGAGUUCGGCCCCGCCACCACCAUCGAGCCCAUCCGGGUGCUGCCCACGCAGCAGGAGGGCAGGCAGGCGCCGUGCUGCCAGAACAUCUGAUCCAGGGUGUCCCUGCCCCGGCACCCCCAGCACCCAGCAUGUGGGGCCAUCAUGUUUCCCACCCCCACCGCAGCCCCCCAGGGCACGGUUGGCUGGUGGCUGCCUGGGCAUGGCUGCUCUUGGGUGCCUGUGUGUUGCUGUGUUUAUGUAGGACCUACACAAACUGGGGGGGGGGAGUGAAGCAUCAGGGCCUCACCCCAUGGUUGGGACAUGCCCUCCCCUCAUGUCAUUGCUUCCUUUAGCCCCGAAGGCGCAGUCACGGGGUGACUUGGGUGGCACUGAGCAAGCCCAAACGUCCUCACUCCCUUGUUUGGUGUGGCAUUCCAGCAGCACCCCUGGGUGCAGCUCUCGGGUGGGGUGGGGGCACCAGCUGCACCCUUCUCUGGUGAAGCGAGAAGCAGCACAGUGGGUGCACCCAGCCCUGCCCCUUCACCACGAGGGCUGGCUGCACCUAUGGGUGCUGGGGGGGACCCCCCAGGGUGGGUUCUGGGGGUCACUCCCUCCUUGUCCCUGGAAGGACCCACUUUUCAUGCCAGGAGCCCCCACAGAGGGAAAAGCUGCACGGGGGCUGGAGCAGAGACCAGGGGUUGUGUCCUUUGAGGGGGUGACAAGGGAGUCCCAUGGGUGGCGUAUGGUGGGUGCUUGGUCCUUGCUGCGUGGUGGCCGGUACCAGCGCAGGAGCCGCCCUGUCACCUUGGCCCGACUUGCACCCACUCCGCUCUGGUCUAUGUCACUCAAGGCUGGUGACGGCGUGGGGACACAGCUGCCACUAGAUGGAGCGGCUGCUGCACCCACGGGGUGACAGCGGCCCCAUCCCCUGCCUGGGGACAGCGGGUCUUCCCAGAGGGGACAUCACCCAAGAUACUGGGACAGACUGGGCUGAGCGCCGGGCCACUCUCAGGGUGACUGGCAGGUGUCAAUCAAGAUGGGUGCAGGUGCUGUGCUGGCCUUCCUGGGAGAGCCUGGCCCUCCCCAUUCCCCCCAGUGCUGGGAGCGUGUCCCCCAUUGCAGGAUAGGGUUUGGGGGGGUCUGUGUCUCUCCAUGGCUGCCCCCAUUCACCGUAUCUCGCUGUGCUGUGCCGGCAGGAUCUGUGGGUCUGGCCUUGGGGCGUCUGACCGUGUGUGCUGGUUUGACUGAAAACAGGUUAAUUUUCCUCAUGCAGUUACAAACCUUCCUUUCCCAUCGCUCGUUAUUUGGACUUAGUCUGAGAACAAGAGAUACCAGCCCAGCACAGUUAAUGUGUUUAAUUGCUCUGCUCUGAGAGCCAAGGACACUCUGAGCUCUGCCCACAGGGGUGAGGCAGCGAGGAAGGGGAUGGACGGACAGAGCUGGACUGACACCCACACUGAGCAACCAGAGUGUUCCAGCCCAUUAGUGUUGUGCUCCAGAUAUCAGGAGAGUUGGGUCUUCUGCUCGUUUUCUUGGCCGCUUUCUCUUGCACGUGUUGGUUUUAUUCCUUCGCUCUUUUGGUGCAGCUGGGGGAGGUUUUGGUGCGGGAUGUUUCUGCCUCUUUCCCUCUUUUCUCUCUCUGGGAUGGGCUGUGGGACCAGGUGCCGUUUCCUGGGACUGGCUGCUCAGCAUGUUCAUGAGGAAUUGCCUUGACUACCUUUUAUUUCUGUUUUAUGUAGAUAUGUACUAGUAGUGUAUUAGUAUUUUGUUAUUUUAUUAAACUGUGUUUAUCUCA